AUGUAUUACUAUGUGUGUGCGCAGGGAAGCACGUGUGAUUUGGAGAGGCCGCGGGUCUACAUGGAUAUCUCUGUGGACGGCAAGCCCCAAGGCCGGAUCACCGUGGAGCUCUUUGCUGACGUGGUCCCGAAAACUGCAGAAAAUUUCCGUGCACUGUGCACUCAUGAGAAAGGGUUUGGUUACAAGAACUCGACAUUUCACAGAAUCAUUCCUGAUUUCAUGUGCCAGGGUGGUGACUUCACAAGGCACAAUGGCACUGGUGGGAAGUCCAUCUAUGGAGAGAAGUUUGCUGAUGAGAAUUUCCAAUUGAAGCACACAGAACCUGGUAUCCUGUCUAUGGCCAAUGCUGGGCCAAAUACAAAUGGAUCACAGUUCUUUAUAUGUACUACUCAAACUGGUUGGUUGGAUGGAAAGCAUGUCGUAUUUGGUAAAGUUGUAAAAGGCUACGAUGUCGUGAGGAAGAUGGAGGCAUGUGGCAGUAGGGAUGGCAAACCAUCUAGUGCUGUUAGCAUUGUUAAUUGUGGCCAAUGUGAAUAGAAUUGUACAAUACAAAUAAAACUUGAUUACUUGAAAUUCUAA